GCCCAGUCUGGUCCUGGCUUUGGCUUUAUGCCGCCCUGCGCACACUUGUUCGGCGGGCGCCUUUUGUUCUUCAUUGCGAGAUCUAUACCUCUUUUCGACUGCCACAUUUUGUACGUUUUUUCCCUGUACUUUUUUAUUUGUUCAAACUGGUCAUUAUUCCUGACUUUGGCCCCGAUCUUGCGCACGAGGACCACAUCACACAAAACUACACACAUAUAUACACAAACCAUUCUGAACAGAUACAAUGAGCUUUAGACUUCUAGUUGCGGCCGCCGCGGCACGGCGGGUGGGAAGCACCUCUGCUUCGGCAUCAGCCUCAGCCUCAGUCUCUGCAUCGCGCAGGCAUCCUGCGCUGCUCGCCCGCCGCGGUUUUGCGUUCACAACACCGGUGCGGCAGGGAGGCCAGACACUGGUUGAAAAAAUCGCGCAGCGGCAUGCGGUGGGGCUGGGUGAGGGAGAGAGCGUGCGCAGCGGCGAUUUUAUUGCGAUUCGGCCGCGGCACAUCAUGACGCACGACAACACCGGCGCUGUGAUCCCCAAGUUCAAGAGCAUCGGAGCCACGCGGCUCGCCGACGCGCGCCAGCCGGUGUUCGCGCUGGAUCAUGACAUUCAGAACACGGGUGACAAGAACCUGGCCAAGUACCGCGGCAUCGAGCAGUUCGCGGCGACGCACGGCAACAAGUUCUACCCGGCCGGGCGCGGCAUUGCGCACCAGGUGCUGGUCGAGGAGGGCCACGCGUGGCCUGGAACAAUGGUGGUUGGCUCGGACUCACACUCAAACAUGUACGGCGGCAUCGGGUGUCUGGGCACGCCCGUCACGUGGUGGCAGGCGCCGCCUGUUGCGCGCGUCGAGUUGCGCGGCGCUCUGCCGCCUGGCGUUGUCGGUAAGGAUGUCAUCGUUGCACUGUGUGCGCUGUUUGCGCGCGACGAGGUUCUGAACCACGCUGUUGAGUUUGCCGGCGACGGCGUGCGCGCGCUGGCCGUUGAGGACCGGCUGGCCAUCGCCAACAUGACCACCGAGUGGGGCGCGCUGGCCGGCCUGUUUGCCGUCGACGAGGCGACGUUGCGUUGGUACGAGGCGCGCGCCGUCACGCACCCUACAGACGUCGUCAGCGCAGCCACCGUGGCCGGCUUGCGUCGUAGUGUUGAGGCAGAGCCCUCGCUGUGGCGUGCCGACGCCGACGCCGCGUACGCGAAGCGCCUGUGGUUGGACCUGGGCUCGCUUACGCCGCAUGUGUCUGGCCCCGACACUGUCAAGGCUGCGACGCCGCUGGCAGUGCUGGAAACGCGCCGUGUGGCCAUCCACAAGGCAUACGUUGUGUCGUGCGUCAACUCGCGCGCCAAGGACCUACGCGAGGCCGCCGACGUUCGCGCGCGGCCCGGCGCGCAGGUGCGCGUUGCCGCUGGUGUUGCGUGGUACGUGGCACCUGCAUCGACACAGGUACUCGCCGACGCGACGGCCAGUGGCGACUGGCAGGUUUUGGUUGAUGCUGGCGCACGUACGCUGCCACCGGGCUGCGGCCCGUGCAUUGGGCUGGGCGUCGGCAUCUCGGCCACCAACCGCAACUACAAGGGCCGUAUGGGCUCCAAGCUCGCGCACACAUAUCUGGCGUCGCCAGCUGUGGUCGCCGCAUCGGCGCUACAGGGUUAUAUCUGCUCCCCGGCCACUGCCGCCAGGGGUGAUAUCGGAAAUACUGUCGAGCCACCCAGCGUGCGCUACGGCAUCGAGCUGAGCGCGCCCCCAACCGCUUCUGCUACAGGCGCUGCCGCGUCGUCAUCUUCGGCUGCAAUCGAUGGCUUCCCCGCUGCACUCAGCGGUCGCCUCGUCUUCCUGCCGGCCGACAACCUCAACACUGACGGCAUCUACCCCGGAAAGUACACGUACCAGGACGACAUUACACGCGAGCAGAUGCGCACCAUUGUCAUGGAGAACUACGACCCCGAAUUCAGCCGCCUUGUGCAGCCCGAAGAUAUUGUCGUGGCCGGCGCCAACUUUGGCACUGGAUCCUCGCGUGAACAGGCCGCCACCGCCAUACUGGCUGCCGGCGUGCGCCUUGUUGUCUGCGAGAGCGCUAGCGAGACCUUCAAGCGCAAUGCCGUCAACAACGGUCUGCUUGUGCUCGAGUCCCCGCCACUUGUUGCCUGGCUGCGCGCCCGCUACAGCGCGCCUCUGACCGUCAUUACCGGCCUCGACGCGCGCGUCGCCCUUACUGAUGGCCGCAUAACACUUGUUGACGCGGCCGGUGCCAGCGUCUUCGAGGCUGCAAUCCCCCGCAUCGGCAAGGCUGCCCAGGAGAUCAUUGUUGCCGGCGGCCUGGAGAACUGGGUGCGUCUGCGCAUGGCAGCCACCAGCUGAACAAAUUAAACUAAUGCGGGAAAGUGUUUUUUAUUCGGCGCGUUUCUAUUUCACCUAAUCAAUUUAUUUAUUUUUUAUUCGCAUAUAUUACAAGUAUGAUAAAGAUA